GCAGCUAUGUCGGGGGUGAGCGGCAUUUCAGAGGGUGACAUGCUGGCUUACAUCAAGGCUGCAGCUGAACGUAGUCCUUUGGACCUAGCACGUGAACGUGCCCAAGCAGAACAAAGUUCAGGUGAGAAGGUUGAACCUCCUCUUCCUCCACCAGAUCAAUCUCCGAGUGAGAAUGAAGAUGGGGAAGACUAUGGCAAAGCUGAGGAUCAGGCUAUGAAAGUUGAAAGCAAAUUCAUGACGGAGUACAAGAAGCACAUUCGUGUGGAUGUUACGCAUUGCAAACGAAAUUUCAAUUUUCAAUUGUAUGGUUCCAGGGAAAUGAGUCUACUGGCAGCAAUUGAGUUUGAGAAGUAUGCAAAGUCAGUCAUGUAUGACUUCGACUCUUAUGGUCGGAAACCGGAUAAGCGGAAGGUGGUGCUUGAUGCGCAUGGGUUGGGAUCAUACUACAACAAAAAAACCAUUCCAGUUCAGCGGAAAGCACUUACUGAUGCACUUUCUACCGGUGAGUCUACCUUGAUGGAAAAGGAAAUUGUCGAGAAUGUUUGGAAAAAGGUUGUUCCAAAAGAGAUUUUGGAAAAGACAUCCAUUGGAUUUUCAAAACACUCGGUAAUGUUUACCGUUGAGUUCCAUGGCAGCAAGCAGCAGCUGAAGCAACCGCUCAAGACUUUGCAGCUGGCAGUUGAUUGGGCAAAGGGCUUGCAUUGCGCAGACCAGGACGGUGCUCUGUCGCAAUCUAUUCACGACAUCGCGGCAAAGGGCAAAGAUGUUGCUGCGCAGGAUGAUGCAUUGCAGGCACUGGCUGCUAGUCAACAGGGAGACCUUGAGGAGAUUGCUGUAACAAUGGGAAAAUCAUGCCAGGUUGCCGAGUUAUCACAAAGUGAGGACGUGACACAAUCCUUCCUACAAACAAUGAAAUUUGUGGGCCCUGAGAGCUUGCGUUCCUCAGCAUAUGCUUACAAGGGCUUGAUUCACGAAUUGAUGGGACGAGCCAAUGAUCAAAACAUAAGCAAAGUUGGUAUCAUGGCUGGUAAGGAUGAUGCAGUGAUAGAAGUGUGUGUGGGAGAUGAUGUUUCGACAAUCCUUUCCAGCGAUGAAAUGAACAACCAUUGGAAGAAGUUGGGCUACGAAAUCAUGGGUCUUGUGGCUUGGAGUCAUGGGUCUACUAUUUCAUCCAAAUACGAGGAGGAUAUGGCAAAACUUGUGUCGAUCAAAGACAAACCGUAUUUGCUGAUGGUUUGUUAUGCGACAGGUGAUCCUGACACUUGGGAGUUCAAUCUGGGUGGUUCCGGUAUGUUCACUAUGGUUGACAUGAUGAACAAAAGCAAGAAAAGACGCAAAGAUGUGGUGUACAAAGUAUUUCCUAUUGAGAAAGUUGGUGUCACUGUGCAAGACGAAGCAAAAGCAUUGAUCGCAAAGGCUGUGGGAAAUCAUGUGAUGGAAAACAUGAAGCAGGCAUAUUCCUCUUGCAAAGCUAGAUACUUGAAACAUAAGACUCCUCCAGAUGGCUAUUGUUUCUGGCAUUGUAUUCUAGCGGGUUUGGAUGAGACCUACUUCCAAGUGAAACGGCAUGCAAGUGGCUUCGCUAUGAGUAAUCGUAGGGAGCAGGCAGAAGCACAAGCAGCUAAAAAUCUGAUGUACUCUGGUGCUGGCGAUGGCAAUGCUGAAACUAUGUUCGAGAACGGGUAUGUUCAGCUUCAACAAAUCAGUGAAAUUCGCCGACAGCUUAACCUGGCUAUUCGUGUCACUGUUGACGAUGAGGUUGCUUCAGUGUUGCAUGAUGCGUCACAACAUGAUGCCUGUGAACACCAAGUCUCACAAGCCCAAUCCCAACUUGCCGAUGACAAACCAAAUGUUUCCAAUGGUGAUACCGAACAGCUAUGUGUUGCCCAUAGUGAUGUCACAGCUUUGGAAAAUGCUACAAGCGUGGGUGAGUUGCAGUAUGUCAUGAAAGAAAAAUGUAUGGAAGAAAUGUUAUUCAAAAUCUUCCAGCCAAUUCUGGAUGAACAUGUGCAGCAAACUGCGCACAGCUCGCAAGAUUCUGAUGUGGAACCAACACAACCCCAAAAGCAACAAUCAGCAUCUCCAUGCCAAGUUCAAUCGCCACCACCAGCACCCCAAGUUGAUUCAGACGAGGUUGAGAGCAAAGAUGGCAACUCACCACAGUGCCAAGUUCAAUCCCAAAAGCCGCCAUCAGCACCCCAAGCUUAUUCAGAACAGAUAGUGAGCAAAGAUGACAACCCACCACAGUGCCAAGUUCAAACACAGCCGUUGCCAGAGGACACGCAUGACACUGUUGACAAGUGUUUUGCUUUGCGAUUACCCAAUGACAUACUGAACCAGAUGUUCCAGCUGGAAAAUUCUUCGGUUGUCAUGAAGUGGAAGCACAAGCUACAAGCUGGCAACACCAAAGUAUGUUUUGUGAGCUCCGAGGGACGAACUAUAGUUGUUGCCACAGCAUCACUUUCUGGAAUCGACACCAUUUCUUCCAUUGCUGAUUUAAGAAUCCAUGCAGCAUGCAAAGAUGCAAGCAAACAUGAAAAAGAACUAUGGCGUUCCAGCUUGUUGCAAAACAAAAGCUUGUUUGUUUGGAACUUCCAAGACUUGAAGAAUCUCAGUAUUCCUUUGGAAUUGCCUCUGUUCCGAGGGAGAAGCAUAUGGGUAUCUCUGAGCGAACUGAAACCACAUGUAGAGACACCAAUUCCGGGUAUGGAUUUGCGUGAGACAUGUGAGUUCUUCCUCAACCGAUUGCCACCCAACGAUUAUGAGAAACUAGGAGAUCGUCUUCGCGCACUUGAUGGUUGUUCAAUUUCAGUUGGCAGCACCUGUUCUGGUACAGACAUUUGUGUUGGUAUGAUGAAGGCUACAAUUGCAAAACUGAAUGAAGUAUUCAAUGCAUCUCGUCAUCAUUUAGUACAUUUUGUAGCAUCAGGUGUGUAUAUAUAUACAAACGAAAUUACUGGUGUCGUGAUUGUUCGUUUGAAAAUUGUUUCUUUCUGGUCAACAUAUGCAAAAGGUAUCAAAAGGUUGCAGAUAGAAUAUGGCAUAAAACAGCCAGCAUUGCUGGCUUUUUGCAUUGCAUACUAUUGA